AUGGGUUUUUCACUGCCCUGCAUCUUUCUCCUCUAACAGGUGUCCUACGGGCCCACACCCAUCCCUCCAGACUGCCCAGAGGGGCCAUGAUCUCCCCGAAAGAGAAAAGCAAACCUUGUCCCCCAAAAGACAGCAUGACUCUCUUACCAUGCUUCUACUUUGUGGAGCUCCCUAUUGUAGCUUCCUCCAUUGUCUCCCUCUACUUUCUGGAACUGACUGAUAUAUUCCGGCCGGCCCAAGGAGGUUUCCAGUGCCAUGAUCGUUCCCUGUCUAUGCCAUAUGUGGAAAGUAAUGAAGAGCUCAUACCUCUCCUCAUGCUGCUCAGUCUUGCGUUUGCCGCCCCUGCAGCAUCUAUCAUGCUUGGGGAGGGAGUCUUGUACUGUAUUCAAUCCAAACUAAGGGGUCUUGGAUCAGAAGGGAGUAUUAAUGCUGGAGGAUGUAAUUUCAACUCCUUCUUGCGCAGGACAGUCAGAUUUGUAGGAGUCCAUGUCUUCGGGCUUUGUGCCACUGCCCUGGUCACAGAUGUCAUUCAACUGGCCACAGGGUACCAUGCUCCCUUCUUUUUGACUGUCUGUAAGCCCAACUACACCCGACUGGGCACCUCCUGUGCAACAAACCCUUACAUCACCCAGGACAUAUGCACUGGCAUUGAUCAGCAUGCCAUUCUCUCUGCCAGAAAGACAUUCCCUUCCCAGCAUGCCACCCUGUCGGCUUUCGCUGCAGUAUAUAUUUCAAUGUACUUUAACUCCAUCAUCUCAGACAGCACAAAGCUUCUGAAACCUCUGCUCGUUUUCUCUUUCGCCAUUGCGGCUGGAGUUUGUGGUCUUACCCAGAUAACACAGUACCGCAGCCACCCAGUGGAUGUAUAUACAGGGUUCCUAAUCGGAGCAGGCAUUGCAGCUUAUCUGGCUUAUCAUGCUGUGGGCAAUUUCCAAUCAUCUUCAGGAGACACUUCUCCCAGCCCUCCAUCUAAGGAUCCACUGCGGACACUUACUCAGCGUGGUCAUGAAUCUGUAUAUCACCAGAACAAGUCAUCCAGCACUGAUGAGCUGACCCCUCGCCCACGGAAUCAGGGUAGCCAGCGCCAGGUUCAACGUGAAAAAAACUCUCUGGGCAGCCUGAAGCGUGCCAGUGUGGAUGUGGAUUUACUUGCACCAAGGAGCCCAAUGGGAAAAGAAAACAUGGUUACCUUCAGUAAUACCCUUCCUCGGGUAAGCACACCAUCCAUGGAAGACCCUGCACGUCGUCAUAUGACUAUACACGUCCCCGCAGAAGGCUCUCGUACCAGAGGAGCUACACCUGAGUGGAUGCCAAAGCCUUUGGAAGGACGGAGCUUGACACUUGGUGAGGAAGUGGCAUUGGCACAGGCACACCGAAGGGCUGCAUCUGAGACUUCAGGUAUCUCUCUAGAUGAACCAGACUCAGAACGGGCACCUCCUACAUUAUAUCCAAUGGUUCAAGCACGAACAGGAGGGCCACGAGUACUUAUCCAGCCUCGACCUGCUGCCCCACCUCUUCUUCAUAUUCCAGAGGAGAAUCAAACAGGAUCCCCCAAGAGCAGUUCAGCAAUUCGAGCCAAAUGGAUGAUGAUGGCAGAGAAGGGUGGGGCUCCAAGGGCUGCUUCUAAUGCUCCAAGACUUAUGCAGGUCAUUGCACUAUCUAAGCAACAGCAGGCAUCUGCUUUAGCAUCUGCAACCCCCAAACAUUCAGAGACCUCAUCAUCAUCCACAACCAGUAGUUCUGAUUCUUCACAGUAUCGUUCUCCCUCUGAUCGUGAUAGUUCCAGCAUUGUCACCAUUGAUGCUCAUGCACCCCAUCAUCCUGUAGUUCACCUCUCCUCUGGUAAUGGGCCAUGGGAGUGGAAAGCUGGGCAGAAGAGUGUAGAAUCUCAGGAUGGAGGGGGUUUUGAGUUAGGCAAAGAUUACCGUGGGUAUAGGACCCCCAAGGGUGCUGGUGUGUCCCCUGGUUCCUCUAUCAGUGACCUGGAGCCAGACUCUGAACCACGCUAUGGGCCAACAGUCAAUGUUGCUGGAGGGGUGCCAACUCCUGCAGUUUCAGAUACAAUUGUAGUCUCAUCCAGCAGGGAUGCAAGCCUCAGAAGGAAACCCCAGACAACUGAAAGGGAGGAGAGUGAAGACGGAGAAGAACCAUUUUACAAGAAACUUCAGAACCAGAGGUUUAAGGACUAAUUAUGAAAUGCAUUGUAGAAAACAAAUCGUGUAAAUACCAUGUGUGGGUUGGGUGGUGACACAGAACACCAGCAAAUCACUGCC